AGAAUACCAAUUAAAUAUUCUCUUCACAAAUAUUCGAUGGGCUGUUAUAAAACACCUACGUAACACUUGUGAUGUCGGUACUUUCACUUUUUACUGCUUAAACACAGAUCUUGCGUUUAGUUCGAGAGCUGCUUUACAAAAUCAAGAAUGAUUAAAAAACUGAUAAUCUUAGCAGCGCUGUUGGAAGGCUGCUUCUCGUCCUUAGGCUUCGUACGCGACCUGGUCGAGUUCAACGUCGCCGGGCAUCCGGUUUUGCACAAAGACCAAAAUUGGCCGUUCGACCCCGACGUGGGCAAGCGCCGCUCCAGGCAGUACCAGGAACUAAACGGCCGCUUCGGCGAAAAGGCCAUAGAACGAUUAGGUCUAGGCUUGGACGGGUACGACAGAGAGAGGCUGCAAGAGCAACGCCUGAGAGACGCCGGGCAUUUGGGCGGCGUGGAUUAUUUGACGCCCUGAAUAAAUUGUACACAAGAAUUAUUCCACGUUAUUAACAUCCUUAUUAAUCCUUUGGUAGUGUUCUUCUUUGAUCGAUC